AUGGCCCGUGCUUGUUUCUUGCUUUCGUUAAAUCAUAUGCUUUGUGGAAUUUUUGUCAAAUUAGCGUUUUGCGUCUGUGAUGUGUUUUGUCGUCUGCGCUGGCAGCCUGAUAUCAAGAUUGACAUCCCAAGGAUCCCGAAAAAGAAGUCCUUGAUUGCUGCAAUGGAAGCUGCUGAUGUGAAGAACAAAUGGGAGAACAGCUCCUGGGGAAGGAAGUUGAUCGUGCAGAAGCGGAGAGCGUCCUUGAAUGAUUUUGACAGGUUCAAGGUCAUGUUGGCUAAGAUCAAGAGAGGAAGUGCUAUCAGGCAAGAGCUCGGGAAGCUGAAGAAGCAAACUGCAGCUUAGAGGACAGUUUAUUAUUAUCUGCUCAAUUGAUUUCCUCUAGUAGUUACUUUCUUGAACUUCAGAAGUAGUCAUUUGCUGGUUUAGUUUGUACUCCUUGGAUACUUCUGAUGGCCCGUGCUUGUUUCUUGCUUUCGUUAAAUCAUAUGCUUUGUGGAAUUUUUGUCAAAUUAGGUUUACAAAGUUUUGGGACGCUUGAGUAAUUU